AUGAGUUCAGUAACAAAUCAAGAACCAAAAGCCUCAGCAAAGUUUUGCUGUUAUUUGCUGGUUUUAACAGUGGCUAUCAAGAAAAGGUCCAGAGUUCCUGGGGUUAUGAUCACUCAGUAUGUCGAGCAACUCCCUGCAGGGAAGUCAACACCUGAUUUCACGCGGAAGCCAAUGUCUCUGACUGUUCAAGAAGGCAAAAAAGCGUUUUUCAAAGCCAUGGUUAGUGGAGAGCCAGCGCCAGUUGUAACAUGGGAGCGUAACGAGGGCAAAGUUGAUGACUCAGAAAAGUACAAAACCAGAUACGAUGAAAGAGCUCAUGAGCACAUUCUUGAGAUACUCUGUGUAAAACCAGAUCAAGCUGACUCCUACAAAUGCUUUGCCACUAAUGAGUAUGGAAGGGCUGUCUGCAAUGUAACUCUGAACAUUAGUGGAGGUAAAAGACCAUGCAAUGUUCACUGUAAAUUAAUCAAAUUUGAGCACAAAAUCUUGUAUCUUGUAGUUUUGACUGUUCAUGUAUUGUUUCUUGUUUUCAUGCUUUUACCAGGCUUAAAGAAGAAAGCAAAUGAGCCACCACUACCGGAUUUCAGAUCAAUGCUUAAGAAAACUGUUGUUGUCACCAGGAAAAAACAACUACCACCGAAAAAAGAAGGAGAAAUUGAUCCUAAACUCUGGGAACUGCUUCUUGGUGCACCAAAGAAGGACUAUGAAAAAAUCUGUUUCGAGUUUGGAGUAACUGAUUUUCGCUGGAUGCUAAAGAGGCUCAACCAGAUGAAAAAGGAAAGGGAAGAUGAGCAGGCAAAGGUUGUAGAAAGACUGGAAAAUGUGAAACAAAUAGAAGUAAAACCCAAUGGGAGAGCUGAAUUUAGCCUGGACAUGAAACUAUGGGAUCCAAACAGUACAAUUAACUUAUACAAGGAUGGGACAAUGGUUCCAUAUGAUGAGGAUGAAAAUUCAAAGCACAGUCUUAGGAAAACAGGGACAAAGUAUGUUUUCAGUAUCAAAGAUCCUCAGUCAGAAGAUGCCGGAUUUUACCAGGUUGACGUUGAAGAGACAAAUGUCCUUACGACUGACUUUCAAGUGCCUGCUGUGGACUUUAUAGCCAAGAUUAAGGAUGUGAAGGCUGUUGAAAGUGAGGACGCCAUCUUUCAGUGUGUCUUGUCAACACCCCUCAAUAGAAUUACCUGGGCAAAACAGGACUCAUCACUUGAACAUGGGGACAAGUAUGAGAUUACUGUCUCAGAGGACCGACUAAUUCACACACUGAGAGUUAAAGGCUGUGAAAUGGCAGAUAAUGGAGCAUAUUAUGCCAUUGCGGGGAUAACUUCUAGUAGGGCCUCUCUCACAGUGAAAGCUGAUCCAAGUGGUCGCAAAGGCCGUAAGGUCACCCAGACUGGCAACCAAGAUGAUCUGACAAAACUAGCGUUGGAACAGAUGGCCAAGAUACAAAAAGAGAAAGAUGACUUGGACGCAGCCAGACGAGCACAGGCUGAAAAGGAUGUUGAAGAUGCAGCAGCUAAAGCUGCACUGGAGGAUGGAGGGGAUGGAGGGGAUGGAGGAGAUGGAAAAGAUGGUGAUGGGGCUGGGGAUGAGAUUGGUGAUAGAAUUGAUGAUAGGGCUGGUGGCAAGACUGAUGGAGACAAGAGUGGCGGAGAUGGCAAGAAUAAGAAUCUCUUGGUAGAUGAAGAUGAUGAAAAUAAAAAAGAUGCUGCAGAUGAUAAGAAAAAGAAGCGAUUACGAGCUGGGCCCUUGGUUCCUGAUACUGUUACAGAUCGGGUUCAGUUCGUCAGUGGGCUGUCCGACACUGCUGCUAAUGUUGGUGAACGGGCAGAGCUGUCCUGCAAACUAAGCAGUGAGACCUCUGAGGGACAAUGGUAUAAAAAUGGGAAGCUGCUAACUAAUGAGGAUGGAGUAACAAUUAUCAAAGAUGGAGCCUGUCACAGGUUGAUAAUAGAUUGCUGCAAUAAAGAUGAUGCAGCUGCAUAUCGCUUCGAAGCUGAGGGCCGUAAAUCAGAAGCAACACUUAAUAUACAAGAUCCACCAAAAAUUGACACUGAUGCUCUAGGAAAAUUCACAAAGCCAGUGAUUAUAAAAGCAGGUGAAAAUGCUCAAUGGAGGCUGCCAUUCUCGGGUGGGGCACCAAUGAAUAUACAGUGGUACAAGGAUGAUGAUGAGCUUUUGCCAGCCCUCAAUGUGAAGAUAGAAACAUCAGCAAGUGAGAGCAGGCUACGCCUUAUUAAAUGCCAAAGGAAAGAUAGUGGAGAAGUCAAAAUCAAAAUAAAAAAUGAAUUUGGCACAACAGAAGCAGUUUCCAAACUUAUUGUACUCGAUAAACCCACGCCACCACAAGGACCUGUGGAGAUUAAGGAAAGUGCUGUAACAUCUGUUGAGUUCAAAUGGAAACCACCGAAAGAUAGUGGUGGAUGCCCUGUCAUGAAUUAUAUCAUAGAACGCCAACAAGUAGGGCGCAAUAAAUGGACAAAUCUCGGUGAGAUCCCUGGCAGCAACCCAAGUUACAAAGAUUCAGAUGUGGACCCUGGAAGGAGAUACUGCUACCGGAUCAGAGCCAAGAACGCAGAAGGAAUCAGUGAUUACCUGCAGACAGAUGACAUACCAGCUGGUAUAUUACGUUAUCCUGGACCCCCAACAGCACCUAGAGUGGUCAGUGUCUUUAAAGACUGCAUCAAUCUGACAUGGUCUCCUCCAUGCGACACUGGAGGAACCAGAAUAGUGGGAUACAAUUUGGAAAAGAACAAGAAAGGCACCAAUUACUGGAGCCUUGUAAACCAAGGAGGGCCUAUUACAGAUACAAAGUAUGCAAUGAAAGAUGUUUUUGAAGGGGCAGAAUAUGAAUUUAGAGUGUCUGCCAUCAACCUAUCUGGUGCUGGAGAUCCUAGUAUUCCAAGUGACACAGUAAUCGCAAGAGAUCCAAUGAAACCUCCAGGCAAAGUGACGGACCUAAAGUUAACAUCCUCCAAUUACACCACAUUUUCACUGGCCUGGAAUAAACCUAAAGAAAUAGAAGGGGUAGAAGAUGAAGCCCAAGGGUACUAUGUGGAGAUCAGACUAACACAAAGCCUUGAAUGGACCCGCUGUAAUGCCAUCCCAAUUACUCUAACUUCCUACACUGUGCUUGGCUUGAAGGCAAUGGCCACCUACUGGGUGAGAGUAAUUGCCACCAAUUAUGGCGGUGACGGAGAACCUCAGGGCUUUGACAAUUACAUCAUUGCUAUGCCCCCUCCUGUAAGGCCAAAGUUCAAAGAUCGCAACAUGAAGACCUUUGUGGUGGUAAGAUCUGGAAACACAGUCCGUCUGAACAUCAACUUUGAGGCCUCUCCACUGCCAGAGAUCUCUUGGCUAAAAGAUGGUAUUCCUGUGUCCAAGCAUGUAACAGUUACCAACUCUGAUAAAGGCUCCCAGCUGUUGAUUCCCACAUCUGAAUGGACUGACACUGGCAUCUACACCAUUACUGUCAAGAACAUUGUCGGCCAGGAGAGCGUUAAUGUUGAAGUCAGAGUUACAGAUGAUCCCAAACCUCCAGGUCCAGUGGUACUGGACCAGAACAUCCCAGGGACAGUAACUCUUUCCUGGACUUCCUCUCCAGAUGCGAAGAGGGAUGACAGGCUACACUACAUGGUAUCCAAGCGGGACUCCUUCAAACGCACUUGGAGGACAGUGGCAGACAAUCUCUUCAACAACAAGUUCACAGUUGUCAAUAUUUUGCCUGGACGGGAGUAUUACUUCAGAGUAUUUGCUAAAAAUGACAUGGGUCUUUCGCCACCCUCCAAAUCCCCCGUGUUUGAAAUCAAAAAGGAAAAAGGGAAGUUCAAAGUAAACAUGCCAGAGACAAAAUCCUUGGACUUCCAAUCACCUCCAUCAUUUAUCGUUCCCCUGAAAAGGCGUACAGCUCCACAGGGUUACGAGUGCUGCAUCAGCUGUGCAGUCAAGGGUGAUCCAGCUCCACAUGUGACAUGGUACCAGAACGACAUCAGCCUGAACACAAACACCAACUAUCACAUCACCAACGUAUGUGGAGUCUGCUCCAUGCUCAUACUAAGGGUGGGAGCCAAAGACAGCGGGGAAUACAAAGUCGUCAUUGAGAACAAACUGGGGACAGCUGAGUCCUCAAUGAUGCUGAAUGUCAGAGGGUGA